CUUGGAUCCCCCUACACAGCCUGCAGGGAGAGUUUCUGCUUCUGGGCCUUCUUUCUACCAUCCAACCCUGCUCCGCAAGCCUGCCUUUUUGUCUGCGAGGUCCUUAGAAACCUACCAUGCUGAGGGAAUCCGGAGAGGUCCUUGGAUCCUCCAACACAGCCUGCUUCAGGGUGGAGGGGAUCUGAGAACCUGCUCCAGUGCUGAAGGGACCUAAGAGAGGGCAGACCAAGAAAACUCCAAAGUAUAUAGUCAGCCACAGCAAAGAUUGGACCAAGACACCAAGACUUUGCUGGCCUCAUCUGAAGGAAGAGAUGGGCAGGCACUACUGCAAGAAUUCCUUCAACAUCCUGAAAAGCAACAUUGGGAACACCAGAAUCCAGCAAACAUGCAACAGGAAGACUUGAACAUCCUAACCCAGAAGAGGUAGAAGGAAUCAACUUUAAAUGUAACCUUAUGAAAAUGAUGGAGACCUCAAAACAGGAAGUGAAAAACUCCCUUAAAGAAAUGAAAGAGAAGACAAAUUGCAUAAGAAAGCCACGGUUUUCAGAAUCAGCUGUAAUUGUGUUAUGACCUUCAAUUUCUUGUAGUAAUGCUCCUGACAGUUGCUUCAGUUACACCAUAGGAACCCAGGAGUUAGCCAUAGCAAGAGGACUUCAGCUGGUGGUGCAGACAGAAUGGAAGCCAACUACUCCAUGCCUCUGAAUGGAUCAGAAGUGGUGGUCUAUGAUUCUAUCACAUCCAGAGUUCUGUGGAUCCUCUCAAUGGUGGUCCUCUCCAUCACUUUUUUCCUCGGGUUGCUGGGCAAUGGACUUGUGAUCUGGGUAGCUGGAUUUCGGAUGGCACACACGGUCACCACUAUCUGUUAUCUGAACCUGGCUUUGGCUGACUUCUCUUUCACGGCUACUCUACCAUUCCUUAUCACCUCAAUGGCCAUGAAAGAAAAAUGGCCUUUUGGUUGGUUCAUGUGUAAAUUAGUUCACAUUGUGGUGGACAUAAACCUAUUUGGAAGCGUCUUCCUGAUUGCUCUCAUUGCCUUGGAUCGCUGUAUUUGUGUCCUACAUCCAGUCUGGGCUCAGAAUCACCGCACUGUGAGCCUGGCUAGGAAGGUAAUCAUCGGACCCUGGAUUCUUGCCCUCAUCCUCACAUUGCCCAUUUUCCUCUUCUUGACUACGGUUAGAAUUCCAGGAGGGCAUGUGUACUGUACAUUCAGCUUUGCGUCCUGGGGUGACACUGAAAUGGAACGGGUGAAUGCAGCUAUCACUAUGCUAACAGUUAGAGGAAUCAUCAGGUUCAUUAUUGGCUUCAGCAUGCCCAUGUCCAUCGUUGCCAUCUGCUAUGGACUCAUCGCUGCCAAGAUCCACAGAAGAGCCCUUGUUAAUUCCAGCCGUCCUUUACGCGUCCUUACUGCAGUUGUGGCUUCCUUCUUUAUCUGUUGGUUUCCCUUUCAACUGGUGGCCCUUUUAGGCACAGUCUGGCUCAAAGAGUCACUUUUUAGUGGUGGUUAUAAAAUUCUUGACAUGUUGGUUCACCCAACCAGCUCAUUGGCCUUCUUCAAUAGCUGUCUCAACCCGAUGCUCUAUGUUUUCGUGGGCCAGGACUUUAGAGAAAGACUGAUUCAUUCCCUGCCUUCCAGUCUGGAGAGAGCCCUGAGUGAGGACACUGCCGAGAUCAGUGGUACAGGCACCAAUUCUGCUUCAGCUUCUGAAGGCAUCGAGAUAAAGGCAAUAUGAGGAAAGGACUGGGGGAUGCUUUUUGUUCCACGCCAUUUCACUUUUAUCUCACCUUAUAUUGUGUUCUAGAGAGUUAUUAAUCUGGAAAAAUACUUCUGUAUCUCUUGAAUUGGGGGAAAGAAAUAAAUAUCAAAGCUAAUAUUGCUGUUCUUUUGGGGUUUU